AUGUCUUGCCCGAAUGGUGCUGGCCCGUUACAACUACCAAUCCGCAACGUAACCAUAUCCGACGAUGCAAGGGGAUCCUUCUGGGGAAUCGAAGUCGGCGUUGGCACGCCACAGCAGAUCCUAUCUCUUGCGCCAUCCUUCAGUGUUCGAGAUUUCUAUGUGUCCAACUCGGCAGACUGCGAGAAAGGCAAUUCGACCUGCAUUGCGCUAAGAGGCGGUGUCUUCGACAGCUCAGCAAGUUCGACGUUUGUUCGAGACACUCAGGAGCAAUGGAACGGCACUGAUCCGGGUAAUCAGGAUGCCGCGCACAACGUCUUCUUCCAUGACACUGUCCGCUUCGGAGCCAAUGGAAGCACGGACAACAUGCCUAUGGCGUUGAACUCUCCUGGAUAUGGGUUCUCCGGUGGCUUCCCCCUUCACCCCAACAGCUCGUUUCUGCGUACGAUCUUCGCCAACGAUGACGUCCCAUCCAAAGCUUUUGGCCUCUACGUUGGUUCUACUGCUCCUGAGAACCCCGACAAUGGUCUUCUUGUUGUCGGCGGCUACGACCAGGCUCGCGUAGCUGGACAAUUCUACGAAGGGCAGAUACCCGCCGACGACUGCGCUUUCUGUCUUGAGAUUCAGACUCUUGCGUGGGAUGGCGACAACACUUCCUCCCCAUUGAUCGAGGACAAUGGUGACCCACGUACACGUAUCCAGCUCGAGCCUUUCACCAUGCAGGUCGACCUUCCCCCAGCAAUCUAUUCUCGUUUCCUUACAGCCACUGGCGGCACUCACAAUACCACACUUCGAGCACCGGUAUAUCCACCCUCGGCAAUUCCCAAAGGAAACCUCAGCGUUACCUUCACAAAUGGUCACAGAGCGACAGUCCCUGCGUCAGAGCUCUUCGUGCAUCAGCAAAAAUACGAGGACGGUCUAUACACCUUGGACAAUGAUGCGGAUGUCUGGAGCGUUGUGUUCAACCAAUCCUCGGGAACUUUGACUAAUACCCAUCUCUGGGGCACUGCUUUUCUCAGUCAACAGUAUGUUGUGGUCGACGAAGAGCGGGCCCAAUGGCGUAUAGCGAAAGCUGUCAAAGCCAUCAAUGACGAAGUAGUGAAGCCGAAUAUUACAGUUAUUUGUGCUGAGGAUCAAGACUACGCCAUUAUUUCCGGACGUGGAAAAGGCAUCAGCAAAGGUGCUAUUGCGGGAGGUGUGAUCGGUGGCGUUAUUGGCAUUGUCAUGAUCAUGUUCGCCGUAUGGUUCUUCCUGCGACGACGCAGGAGCAAACGACAGGAAUUAGAUGCUAGCCCGGUUCAUGAGAAAUCAUCGUCCCCACCACCUUAUCAUGCCGAUGCUGUUGCCAUCGAGGUUGAUGCCCCAAGACUAUCUGGCAGACCACCAAUGAGCGAAUUAUCGGACCAGCACAGCACAAAUCGUUGGACUAGCGGGGCGAAUGAAGUGGAGGGCUCGGAGGCUGCGACUGAGUUAUGGACUCCCAAGAGUAUGACGGCGGUGGAAAUGCCGGCAGAUUCCAUACAGCAGAACAAGGAGGCAGAUUCCAUACAGCGGAACAAGGAGUGA